AUGUAUGAUAGUACCUUUGUUUGUAAUAAUACAUUUUCGACUACUAAUUUUAACCAGGCCCUUUGUGAAGAAGAAGAAGCAUACGUAUACAACAGACAGAAGUUGACCCAGUCAGCACUAUUAGCUUUUUUCGAUUCGGUAGGUGUCCCUAAAUUUGACCAUGCAUCUUUCUUUGAAAACUAUAAGCAUCCUUUAACCGUUUCUUUAGCCUUUUCUGGAGGCGGCUAUAGGUCUAUGCUUACUGGGAGCGGUGCUUUGGCUGCUUUCGAUAUUAGAACACCUUGCCAAAGCAAUUGUGGGAACUUAGGAAACCUUCUUCAAGGAACAAGUUAUAUCGGUGGAAUAUCUGGAGGAGCCUUUUUGGUGAUGAGUACUUUCACCAACGAUUUCAAACCAGUCCAUGAACUUUUAUUCGAUGGCAAGACUUGGAAUUUUCAAGAACAGCUUCUACAAGGCAUCCCCAGUUUCGAUCCCGAUGCUGUUAAGGAGGAUAUGCACAUUCUGGAUGUUGAUGAAUUAGGGUCAAACCUUGUCGAUUCAGCUUCUAAUAAAAUGGAAAAAUUGUUAGACUUUAAUUGGGGCAUUGCAGACACCGUUAUGAGAUACCUUGGAUUUGGUAAAACACAUGAAUCCAUCGCUUCCAGUAAGACAGAUUCACUCAUUGAGACCGCCAAGGGUCGAAGCUAUCUCGAGUCUUUUAUCAAGCCAAUAUUCUUGAAGAAAAAUAUAAGCAAAGAUACUGCUAAUGAAUCCGGUGAUUCUACUUUGAAGGAAGCGUUUACAUUUUUUAAAGACCUCCAGAUCGAGGUUAGAUCUAAGAAAGAAGCUGGCUUUUAUAUUUCAUUCACUGACUAUUGGGGAAGGGCUCUAGCAAGGAAGAUUUUCCAACCAUCUGCUCGAAUUCCUGGUGCUACUAUAACGUCGGCAACCUUAUCAAAAUCUUUUCAAAGCUUUUUGCAACCUUUUCCAAUCGUUUGUUCAGUUCAAAGAUCACUUGAAGAAUCAAGUCCUGAGGUGUUUCCUAAUCUUUUGGAAUUCUCCCCCUUUGAGUUUGGUUCAUGGCUCCCAGAAGUGAAUUCAUUCGCAAAGAUGAAGUAUCUAGGAACAUCUCUCUAUGAUGGACAUUCAAUACACCCAACUGAAAACCCCAAUGUAUCAGUUUGCACUUCAGGCUUCGAUAACAUUGGGUUUAUCACUGGGACAUCCUCAAGUUUAUUCAAUCAUAUUUUUAUUGAGCUAUAUAAAGUCCUUUUCAAGUUGGAUAAAGAAUCUUCUGCAAAUAUAUCGAAAAUAUUAACAAAAUUGGGUUUGAUAACUAAAUUGAAUACGAGUAAAUAUCCUCAACACCCAGAUUACGCUUUGUAUUCCCCAAAUCCAUUUUACGGUUACAGGGAUUCAUCAAAUCAAGCAAAUGAUAUCUUCAAAGAACGCCACUUGUACCUUGCAGAUGGUGGUGAUAGCGGAGAAAACAUUCCGUUUUAUCCUUUCUUGCAAGAAUCGAGAAAAGUAGAUAUUAUAAUAGCUUUCGAUAUGACAUCUGAUAUUGCCAAUUUUCCUAACGGAACAACAUUGACUGCCAGUCAAAAACGGUUUCAUCAAAAUUCUAAAACAACUCCUACUUUUAGUUUUGGUCGAACUCCAAGUUUAAGUAGUAGAUUUGACCGUCUAAAUUAUAAUAAAACAAAUCCUGGAUCAAUGAGAUAUAUCAAUAAGGCAAUUUACCCGUACGUUCCAUCUCCACAAACAAUGAUUGAUGAAAAAUUAAAUCAAAGGCCAGUCUUCUUAGGUUGUGAUAUUGAACGCGAUUACCCAGAGUUUCCUCUAUUCGGGAAUACUUCUAACGCUACAAAGCCAUUCAACUCUGGAACCCAAAAUGAAACUCUUAAGCAAUAUCUUCCGCCUAUCAUAGUUUAUAAUUCAAACUAUAAUCAUUCUUUUGACUCCAAUAGAUCUACAUUUCAACUAAGUUAUACUUCGGAAGAAGUAUUAGGAAUGGUAGAGAAUGGUUAUAAUCUUGCAACCUUUAAAAACUCCACCGAAUAUUCAGUUUGUUUAGCAUGUGCAGUUUUGAAAAGACUGUUUGACAGAAUAAUGUAUGGUAUAACACCUUAUCCUGGUAAUCUUACUGUUCCAUCGGCUUGUCUUGAAUGUUAUUCUGAAUUCUGCUAUCAUAAAUAG